GUUGAUGCUGUUGAGUAGCAGAAGACAUAGCAUUCCAUGAAUGAAACUCUGUGAAAGCGUCUGACCUCUGCUAUUUCCUUUUAAAUUCUUCAAAGUAACCUUCAUCUUUGGAAGAAUACCGAGCAAUUUACCAUGUCGUGCUGUCCUUUAAACGCUUGUUAUCUUGCCGUAGCUGUCUUGUCAGCUGUGCAAUGCCCACUACUCAAGACCGUCGGUUCUCCUUUACUUGACGGACUUUCCGGCGGUGUUUGCGCUUUACUUGGAGGCUCUGGUGCCGUCACUAAUGCUUGCAACUGUCUUACUGCUGCUAAUGCUCCAGGUGCUUGUGGUUCUGGAUGUACAGGUUCAAGCGGAAUUGGUCCAGGAUAUGCACUCUACACCCCAUUAUCUGGUAUCCUCGGGGGUGUAGCAAAGCUUGCAAGAGAAUCAGUGUGUCCAGGAACCACUGGAUAUUAUUGUCCCACGGGCCAAACUUGCAAGACAAAAACCGGAUCUGCACCUUAUUGUUGCGAUGAUAGUAUUUUAUUUCCGAUCCCUACUCACAUCUUGAAGCUGAUAUUUGAAAGGUACGGAUUGCUACAACUCGCUCGGGAAAUGCGCAGAUACUUCAUGGCAACAAUACAGAGUCACAAUAGGUGCUAGCACUAGCAAUUUCUGCUGCGGAAACGGUACAAUUGGUGUAUACCAAAGCACA